CAAUCGGAAUCUUUCCCACCUCUAAAAUUGGACGACUUGUUUUUAUUUUGAUUUGCGACUUUUAUAUUUCUUAAAGUCCUCGCAAUAUUGUUAAAAUAAGAUCAAACACUUGAAUAUGUCUUUGUCUGUGGACAGUAAUAAGUCCUUGCUGAGAAAGGGAGACAUGAAACUGGAUAACUAUCCCACAUGUGCAGUGGAGGCACUUACUCGAUUGGAAACAUUGAUCGCCAGUCGGAACAAACAGAAUAUGGUGAUGCAAAUCAUAUCAGAGUACAUAUUUCUGGAGAGAACCGGCAAGGAUGGCGAUGUGCGAAAGUCGCAGUCACUGCCCAUCAGCCAGAUGAAUCUGUUCCAGGAGUUUCAGCUUAUUAUAGCACUGAUCGAGUACUUCUCGCGACCGGGAAGGGAUGCCACCCGCAAUGCCAUCUUCCUCUCGCUAUUCGGCAGCCACUUGACCCCGCAACGGUCCAAGUUACUAUCCCGGCUGAUCAGCACUGCGGUUUCCGGAUCCGUGGCACCGUUGCUCUCCUCCGCCGGUACGUGGAUGCAACAGGUGGGCUGCAAGACGCCACUCAGCCUGGAGGUGGCCCAGAAUAUAGUCAGUGACUUCAUCUCGUACUCCCGCAAAACGCCGGAGCAACUGAAGCAGCUGCCGAUGGUGGGUCCGCACUUUGCCGCCAACUUCAUGGUGGCCGUGGCGGACUUGUAUCUCAAUGAGCAGCGUUCGCAAACCCUGAAUCCCCCGCCAGAUGCCCUACUCGAUACAAUUACCGAGUGGAUGACGGAGAAUCCCACGUUGUGUCAGGCCUCGCAGCAGCCUUUGGUCCUGCCUGCCGGAGCCAUAGCCAUGCCGUUUGCCACUCCCUUAGCUGGUCUACUGCGUUGGGUGGUCCUGGCUCCAUUGGUCUCCAACCGCUCAGCCUACAGCAAUCUGCAUCUUUCCCUCCUGCGUGCCCUGCAGCAACUUGUCAGCAGUGGAGAAUCCACAGCGCUGCCCAGCCAGGAGCUUAUGCAGAUCGUGAAAUCCCUGCAGAACUAUUGCGCAAGGCUGGGGGAGUCCAAGACGGAUCCUGAGGCGGAUGCUGCCUACCAGAAGUGCAUGGAGCGAUUUGCCCAAGCCGUGCAAAUCGCCCUGAGUUCGAACUGCAUCAGCAAUCAAAUCCAGCUGCUGUGCCUCCUGGAAUCUUUACCACCACACAAGCUUAUGAAAAUUGUUAUUGAGGCCCAUAAAAAAUAGAAUAUCGAAUUAUUAAAUACAUUUGGAGAGAGUAAGUCGGCUUACAUGUCAAUUGCAAUCAUUUUCUGGUUGCUCAACAUGA